UUUUUUUUUUUUGCGAGUUAUUUGUGCUAAAAAUAAAACAGUUAAAACUCCGCUGCAAACUAAUGUAAACAUGUACAGUGUACACACACUACAAUAUAUUUGCAUUCUGCUUAUUUAGAAUUUUAUUUCAGCCGACAUACAAUUCCAUCGAGCAGGCUCAAGCAAAUUACUUUAACACUUUAACAAUUCGUAUUUGUAUUAUAAGUUUUCAUGCAUUUAUGAUUAUAGUAUGUAAGCAAUACUGUCCAACAUGAAACAUUUUAAAAUGAAUCUUUACUACAUUUUAAUAACGUCUACCUUGGUAAAAGUUUUGGCAGAUGAUACAGCCAUUGCGGACUAUAAAAAGUUGGUUUUCUUUACAAACUUACAAAUCGAGCAGGCAUUGUCUAAAAGAGGUGGAUUGAAGACUGUGAUUAAACGUGUUGUUAUUGGAAGAGCAACGAUGAAGCAAAUUGCUAUGAUGUUGGCUGUUCCGGAAUCAGCAGACACUACUAACAUAGCAGUAUGUAUAGCUGACCAGGUUAAAUUGCAAAGAGAAAUAAUUUGUGCUACAUCUAUCCCUGUACCUCAAGUUGAACCAGACCUAGGAGAUAAUUGGUUUACGAUGCUUAAAAUGGAUUUUGGAGAUAAUUUAUUGCCAGAUCUUGGAACUGCCAGAAGAGUUAUGACAAAAGAAAUUACAAAAUCUUUAGUCCUUGCCGCAAUACUUGGAUACGAAUCAGCUUUCAGAGAUUUCAAACGGAUGUGUCGUUUAAUAGGUUUGUUCAGAAGUAUAAAAUUCCCAGCUUCAUAUGUAUUAACUGCCGAAGUUGACAAUUGCGGUACUUGUACCCUAACAGGUACAGACGGAAGUGUUAGCAAAUAUAGAUUCGUCGACGAAGUAAUUUGGGAAGUAGAAGUCGAUAAACUUACUGAAGUAAUACAAUUACUCAGAAGUCAGGUUGCCAGUUGGUAACAUAUACCAGCAAUCGUAAUUGUAAAUAAUUGACAAUUGUAUUGCAUUGUUGUUUCUUUCAAUCAUAUUUAUAUACUGUUCUUAUAUCUAUAUUUACGAAUUAUUCAAUGUAUUAAAUACAAAAUAAAAUGCAUGAAAUAAAACUUACUUAAUAAUACUAUUAAUAACAAGUAUUAAAGACCGCGUAUGUUAUGCAAAUUUAAAGAAGACCGUCUUACUGUCAGGAGGUACAAGCUGUACACUAGUUACCGCUAAAA